GUGAUUGUUCUUCUCAUCAUCCCCCCAAGCCAGAAUAUGUCCAGCGAAGACGACCAGAAGGCCCACUCAGUAGCACUCAGUGAGACAAUUCUCCCUGCUGCAUACAGUACAGGCAGCCCUACCAUUUCUUCUGCUGUUGCCACUCUACCGCAAGAGAAGGGAGAAGAGCUCGAUGACAUUGUAAUCAUCGCCCAUAGCCAUGAACAGCAGCAGCUCACUCUCGGCAAAAAGAAGAUCGUGCUAGUGUUAUUCUGCAUGGUCCAGUUUUUCGAUGGAGCGGGAAGGUCGGGCAUCUACCCUCUAACCACUCCGAUCAUGGAUGACUUAAGCAUCAAGUACCAAGAUUCCACCUGGAUCCUUAAUGCCUACUCUCUCACGUUUGCUACAUUUCUCCCCCUAUCGGGUCUUUGCUCCGAUCUUUUCUCGGCCAAGCCGAUAUACACUUUUGGCGUCGCGUUGAGUGGCCUCACAAACCUCGCCACCUCCUUUCUGCCAGACCAAUACGCAUUUUUUGUGAUUCGCGCCGUGUCGGGAAUAGCUGCAGCCAUGACGGUCCCUAGUGCUUCUAGGUUGACGAGUCAUAUGUAUCAAGGGGACUCUGAAGAAGACAAGCAUCGACGUAAGAUGGGGCUGAUGAUGUUGGGUAUGGUGGGAGGUUUGUCCAAUUCGGUCGGAAUUAUUCUAGGUGGAGCUUUUGGGGCCAUCCCUCUCAGUGGGCAGUUGGCGGGGUGGAGAUGGUUCUUUCGCUUCUCGGCUGCAAUAUUGUUACCUCUCAGCGCAAUAACCCACAAGCUAUCACCUAAUACGCAAGGCACACUGUACAACACACCCUCGUCUUUCGACACAGCGUCCCUGGAGAAAGAAUCUGCUCCCAUGUCGCGCUUGUCACAUAUCGUCCGCAAGCUGGAUCUUCCCGCAGUUGCCAUGUUGCUUGCCUCCAUUCUCCUGCUCGAUCUAUCACUGACUUUGGCCUCUUCCAACACUACUCUAAUGUCGUCUUCCAGAGCCUACUCGUCACCAGAGUUCCUCGUUCCAUUCCUGCUAUCGUGGCCAUUGUUGAUCGCCUUCUUUCUGUGGGAAAGCCGGCGCGAAAAGGGCAUGGCCAUGAUUCCCAGCUCGAUUUGGAAGACUGGCAAUGUUUCUCUAAUUGCGAUUGUCGCACUGGAGCCGUUGGCCUACUGGAUCAUUGUACAGCUUCCGUAUAUUGAACGCUGGGAGUCGGUCAACCAUGAGUCAACCAUGUCAGCGGCCUUGCGAGCUCUUCCUUCGGGGAUCGCAGCCUUCAUGCCUGCCCUGAUCCUUCCGUGAACACACUCCUCCACAAUCAUUGCAAUCAUCGGCUGAUAUCCAACAGAAAGUUUCUUCCUCGGAUCAACCUCCGGUUUCUAUUGAUCGCUGGCUUGACGGGCACUAUCGUCGCCCUCUCACUGUUCACCGCUUCGGAUGGCAGGAUUGGAAAAUGGUACUUUGCGUUUGUCAUGCCGGCUUUCAUGAUCGGCAGCUUCUCCAACUCUUGUGCCGUGACCUCUGUAAAUCUACUGGUUAUUAUGAGCGUGCCUCAUCAGAUGGCUGGUACGGCUUCGGCCAUUGUUCAGGUAGCAUUACAGAUCGGUUGUGCGAUAGCCAUUGCCAUACAAGCCUCAUUCCUCACCAUUCAUCCAGGCGGUUUGGAGGAUUUCCGAAAUCUCCAAAUAUCGUACUACUUCCAAAUGGGCUGGAUUGUUUUGUGCAUCGCCAUGCUCGUUGUAAUGUAUCGCAGACCCAAGCCGUCUGCAGCUGUAGGGUCUGUGUGAUAGCGGAAGUUUAUAACAUCAUGUCACGCGGAGGGGACGAUGGUGACGCGUUCUGCCGGGCAGGGCUUGCUCUGUCGCCGUCAGUCCGUGAAUCCCCUAUAGACUGCAAUCCCUCUACUUUCAAUGUUAUAUUUUACGGAUGGUCAUAAUGCAGGUUAUCAUGAUAUCUUAUGGGCG